AUGUCGUCCGCAUGGAAUCAACAAAACCAAGGCUACCCGGCCGUACCACCUACCCUGAACGCCAACAACAACUUAGAGAUGCACGAUUACAACUCGCAUCAAGGCGCUCCUCCAAAUACGAUCCCCAACUACACCCCCUACCUUGGUCUUCGAGCACGUCUAUCGCAAGUAUGGAUCAACAGAUGGACUAUCUUACUAAUUCUCAUCAUUGUUCGCCUCAUCCUCGCAACUAAAGAGAUCGAUAGCGGUGUCACAUCCGCCAAAGGCGAAGCACUAUCAGCAUGUACGAGUGUCGAGCAUGUUGGUAGCGCCAUGGCAUCCAUGCCACAUUAUCUCGCAGGUGGUGUUAAUUCGAUGGCGGCUGAUGGCAUCACCAAAGCUGUUAAUGGAAUGAUGGGGAUGUUAAUGCUCACUGUCACCGGACUGGAGGAGAUAAUACUAUUCUACAUCAACAUGAUGACUUCGACCUACGUCUGUUUGAUUACCCUCGUCAUCUCUGGAAGUUUGCAUGCAGCCAUCGAUAUGAUCGAGCAAGUCGGCGAUUUCAUGAACAAGAGCAUCAGCGGCAUUACCGGCGAUAUGGCCAGCGACGUUAAGGGUUUCCAAGACACCCUCAAUACCUUCCUUGGCGCUCUCAGUAUCCCAACUGGUUUGUUGGGAAGCUCGAAAACCCCACCAAAGAUUGAUCUCAGCUCCCAGAUCGACAAAUUAAAUAGCAUUCAGAUCGACCCUACCAAAAUGGAUGCCGAUCUUACCAAACUUAACGCCUCUAUCCCAACCUUUGCCGAUGUACAAAAUUUCACCAACAGCGUUAUCCGAUUCCCAUUCGAGGAGGUCAAGAAGCUCAUCAACGAAUCACUGGCCGCAUACACCUUUGACAAAUCCGUGUUCCCGACUCCUGAGAAAAAAGCAUUGACAUUCUGUUCGGAUAACUCCAAGAUCAACGACUUCUUCUCAGGUCUAACCAAGGUCAUCUCCAAAGCUCGCACAAUAUUCCUUGUCGUACUGACACUGGCGGCCGUCCUCGUCUGCGUUCCCAUGGCCUAUCGAGAGAUCUGGCGCUGGCGCACUAUGCAGCAGAGAGCUGAACUGGCUCAGAAGCAAGCUUUCGACCCGAUGGACGUCAUCUACAUUGCAUCUCGACCAUUCACUAGUACUGCUGGCAUCAAAGCAGCUUCGAAAUUCAAGAGCACGAAACGCCAAAUCCUUACCCGCUGGUGUUUCGCGUACGCUACUACGCUUCCUGUCUUAUUUGUCCUGGGUCUAGGCUUGGCUGGCUUGUUCAGUGCUCUCUGCCAAACCAUAAUCUUGAAGACGAUUGAAAAAGAAGUGCCUAAGAUUGCAAAUGAAGUUGGGGGUUUUGCCGAUGAGAUUGUUGGCGCAAUUAACAACUCUUCUGCUGCCUGGGCUCACGGUGCCAACACUGUCAUCAACACCACCAACGCCAAGAUCAACAACGACGUCUUCGGCUGGGUCAAUACAUCAACAACCGCCGUGAACAAUACACUCAAUACCUUCACCGACGAAAUGAACAAGGCGUUGAAUGUGACAUUCGGUGGCACAAUCCUCUACAAACCCGUUCAAGGAUUGAUGGAAUGUCUCAUUGGACUCAAGAUCGCCGGUAUCGAGAAGGGCCUUACUUGGGUCCAUGACCAUGCCCACGUUGAUUUCCCUGGAUUCCGUCCAGAUGUAUUCUCUCUUGGUUCAGCCGCCAGCGUCGCUCCCGGCGCCGAUUCAACCGACUCAUUCCUCAGCAGCCCAGGUAGCGCCGCUGCCGACGAUGUUACAAACGCUGUCGUCAAAGUUGUUAACAAACUUCAAGAAGGAAUUAGAACAGAGGCUAUCAUAGCCGCAUGUCUAGUCAGCGUCUACUUCUUCAUUGUCCUCAUCGGCGUCGUAAGAGUCUUGAUUGCCAUGUGGAGCCGUGACAAAACCCGUGCCGAAGGUGGUCCUACCGACUACACAGGAAACAAUCGAGGUACCGUAUCUCCACGAAGCCCUCCUCAAAACUACGAGACCGCCAGAUUCCCCCAGUUCGGAGGCCCCGUGAGCGCGGUACAGCCGGAAAAGAGCCCAAAUGCGAACAUGGCUUGGGGUGCUGGCGGUGCUGGCGGGGCAGUUCCUAAUGAGCGAUUUGGAGAUGUGGGACUUAGGAGCGUCGAGGCUCAUAUCAAGCCCGGGCAUGAGAGGAAGAGCAGCCACGGGUAUCUAGAUGAGAAACGUCAGGAAUGCUAA